AUCGAGGCCAUUGCAAUCAUUGGGAGGAUCUCCGAGGAGUGCAACGGCGGAGUCUAAGGAAAAAGGAGAAUCGACGGCGACCCCGAUGAUGACGGGGGCGGAGAUGGAGAUGGAGCAGGAUAUUAAAAAAUUCAUUGGAGGUGAUUACCUGAGGGGUUUUAUACCAAUGAAGGGUGAUGUUUCCGAUUAUGCUAAUGAUGACGAUCCAGACCGUAUCUCCGAUGGGGCUUUGGUGGAGCAUCGCCCUCAUUUUGCUGAUAUUUGGCGCCGUUAUGAUGCUCAACUUCAAACAACCAAUGGUAUGGACCUUGAUACUUUUCCUGGUUGUUCUAUGCUUGUUGAUGCAUAUCCGAUAAAUAUGUCCGAUCCCACCACCGGGGAGGAGGCUAUGAUAAUUUAUGAGCUCGUUGAUCUUGCUCUCGACAUAUACAAUCAUGAUGAAUCCAAUGUAUGUAUGAGUAUGACCCUGUUGCGAUCCCUCCUAUAUUUUAGUCUGUCUGUGCUGCAAGUAACACUAAUAAUAGUGUCUCUGCCUUGCAGCUUUUUAAGUACAAGUUCAUCAAUGUUGAGAAAGUGAACACUCGGCUCACAGGAUAUGCUGAAUUUUUCAUUACUGUGAAAUUCUUAAAUGUCACUCUUGCUACUGUUGUUGAAACUUUUCAAAUAUAUGCCGGUCAAAGUAUGUGUAGGCAUCAUUUUAAAAGAGUCUUUUCUUGUGUACCAAAAUCAGGGGCGUUGAUGUAAUUGCCAAGAUGGAAGAGAGGGACAUACACUUUGAUAUGUGGUAGGUACUACGAAUACACUGUAUACUUCAACGAACAACAUUCUCCUCCUGUGGCCCCUCAUGGAUUUGAAAAGUUACUAAAGGUGGUGAGAUUUUUUACUUUAACGGUCAAAAAGAAUUCACGGCAUUCACCCAUAAUAAAAGUUCACUUUUUCAACAUACUCGUAACCCUGCAAAGCAUGAAGAAAAUACUAUAAGAUUACAUCGAUUUUGUCAUCAUUCUUGCAUAGCAUGGUUAGCCAAAUCCAUCAGCAAGUCACAUCCUUCUAGAUUAGGUUUCCAGGUAAGCUAUAUACAUAGCUAGUUGCCUGGUAUUUCACCCAGAUAGACGUCAAUGUCGAAACCCUAUCAAAUAAGACAA